AUGAUACUUAUUAAUUACCAAAAUAUUGUAAAUAUCAUAAAAGUACCAUGUCCUUCAACUAUUAGUGUAGAUGAAAUCGUAAAAAUCCAUUUAAAAAAUGGAAUUAAGAAUGUUAAUAAAACUAUGAACGCAUUCAUGAUUUAUCGAAAAGAAUAUAAUAAUGUAGUUGCAAAGUUGAAUCUUUCAAGUAAAGAUGUAUCCAAAUUUGCUAAAACUUCAUGGGAAAAUGAACCCAAAGAUGUCAAAGACUAUUACCGACAGAUGGCAAGAAAUGUAAAAAAAUGUUUCAAAGAAAAAGUUCCUUCUCUUUGUUUUAUCAAUAGCAAUCAAGUAGAUAGAACAAAUGAUAAUCACGUCCCUUUAGAUACAGUUAAUCCUUCACUUCCUGAUACGAAUCAAAACUUUCCUCCAUCUCUAAAUCAUAAUCAAAAAUUUCUCAAUGAUUCUCCACAAAACUUUCCUCCAUCUCUAAAUCAUAAUCAAAAAUUUCUCAAUGAUUCUCCUCAAAACUUUCCAAUUUCUGCCUAUUUUAAUCUACCACCUUCAAACGCUGACCAAAACGCUUACCAUCCACUCCUUGAUAUGGAACAAAACUAUCUAGAUUCCACCUAUUUUAAUUUUCCAUCUUCAAAUACGGGCCAAGAUGUUGAUCAUCUAUUUCCAAUCAACAAUUUCAAAAAUUAUCUUCAUGAAUAUAUGACUAUGGGUGAUGACGAAUUCGUGAACCAUCUUUCUGAAGAUUUGGCAUUAACUUAUAAAACAAUUAUUCAAUCGUUACCAUUUAAAUAA